CUCAACUUGAUCGUGCGACUCUGACCGCAAUUGUUCCAGCACCAGCAACCACUAGCCCGCUGAGGGAGUUCAUUCAUGCUUUCCACACCGCGACCUUCACAUAGCCGCUGCGACACUCGACAGCAGUUUAUUUCUUUCAGCAAGACACCGAAAUACCGCUGAGAAAAUCCCAGUCAUGAUGGCAAUGAUGUGCGUUAACCAGCAUAGUCCGCAUCGCCUGCGCCUGGGAAUGGUAUACCGCCUGCCCUCGCUGAGACGCCUCCAGCUCCUUCUCGCUCUCUUGGCAAUUUUCCUUGUCUACGCGGGUCCCCGGGUCUCGGUCACUGCGUCUUCUUCGAACCCUCCUACGGUCUGCCCUCGUGACCUUGUCCCAGACCCAGAGUACAACCUCGACAACCCGUACCACCACCCCUCCACCCGCAGCACAACCCCGAGAGGCAACCCCGAGACCGGCAGCGGCGACCUGGACAUGAGCCUGAAGGAUCUCGACGCAGAUAUCACGAAUCAAGAAACGGACAACAGCAGCGGUGCCAACAAAGCAAUGUCUCCAAACCACGCACUCACAGCCCAAACAACCACAGUCACGGCCACAACAGCAACCGCAACCGCACCGCCAGCAGUCCGGCGCGCCACCGAAACCAAACCAAGAACAACGACACAAACCUACCUCCCCUUCCCCGUCGCCCUGUACGACACGCCAGGCCACGCCAUCGCCUCUGGCCUGUUCCUCGGCGCCGCCGCGUCGGCGCUGCUCUGGAUCAUCGGGUGCAUCGUCUUGGUGUACACGAAAUGGAUCUGGCGGGGUGUGGGGGAUGUCCGGAGGGGACUGCAGCCGGUGGAUCGGAACAUCAACAUGAACCGGGAGGGAGCGCUGAGGGCGCAGGGGCUUCAGGUUGGGCUUGGAUAUUAGUUGAGGUCUGGUGCUGGUGUAGGGGAAAGGCUUUGGUUUAGAGGGGCUGUGUCGCAGGUGCGAGGGAUGGAUGUGUUGAUGGUGGCUGCUGAGGGGAGGGAUAGGGGUCGGCCAUUGUGCCGGAGGGGUUGGACCGCGGCUUCGUCUGGAAGGACAUGGAGUUUGAAUCAGGGAGUU